AUGGUAUUCUUAUUUACCCCGGAAAAACCGGGAUCCACUCCACGAGAAAUAUGGAUUUGUUAUCCAAUAAUCGAGCGGAUUAUCAAGGCACGUGGAUCUUCCUGGUCGAAUGUUGCUAUCAGUUUCAGUGGUACAGAAUUGCCCAUGCUCAAGCCUCCCCACUACGACGAUUUCGAUAAGUACUCCACCUCUAACAUUCGGAUCCAGUGCAAAGAUUUUACAUAUUAUUCUUUCGACUUUGCGAAUGAUGGAAUAUGUACAGACGUUUUCCAGAAACUCAGCGAGCUUGUGACGGCGCCCAAAACAAUGAACUCUAUAAAGGAGUUUUAUGCGUUUGACUACAAAGCAAACGUCUUAGAGUCACGUUUGGGUAGCUCUGGCUGGUCAAUUUACGACCCUGUUGCUGAAUAUACAAGACAGACUUUGAUUGGGCACGAGGCUAAUGGCAAGUGGAGGUUGUCUCUCGUCAAUAAGGGAUACAAGUUCUGCCCCUCAUAUCCUCAGAGUUUUGUUGUACCACUGUCGAUCUCUGAAAGUGUAUUAAAACAUGCCGGAAAAUUCAGAUCAAAGCAAAGAAUUCCGGCCGUGGUUUAUAAACAUAGACAGGGAGAGAAUGGGAAUAUCAUCGCCCGAUGCUCGCAACCUCUUGUUGGUUUAAACUUACAAAAUCGUUCUAUUCAAGAUGAGAAGCUCAUUGAAGAGAUUUUCAGGUCGCAGGAAGUGGAAAGGGGGGCCGGAAUCUCUGAUAAUAGUGCUUUUCGAACUCAGCCACAACGUAACCUAAUUGUUGACUUGAGACCAAUUACUAACGCUAUGGCACAACACGCUCUUGGAGCGGGAACCGAGAGCAUAGAAAACUACAGAGGAAAGGGCUCUUCUGAUUCUGAAAAGGGAGUUAAGAGUUCGCAGUCAGAUAAUUCUUCUAGGUAUCAACAACAAGUUGACAAGAUUUUCUGCAAUAUCGACAACAUUCAUGUAAUGCGAGACUCCUUGAACAAGCUUGUAUCGAUAUUGAGCGAUUUAGAUCGGUAUCCCGUGACUGCUAGUGGAAGUCGCCAAAGCCCUUAUCCUUUGUUGCAACAGUCCUUAACAAAGACUCAGUGGUUGCAUAGGCUCUCGAUUAUUCUUCAGUCUGUGGAUAGAAUCACCAAAUCAGUUCAUUUAAACAACACGAAUGUUUUAAUUCAUUGCUCGGAUGGUUGGGACAGAACAUCUCAAGUUUCGGCAUUGCUGCAGCUUUGUCUUGACCCAUACUUUCGGACUAUUAAUGGAUUCAUUGUCUUAAUAGAGAAAGAGUGGACAAGCUUCGGCUUUAAAUUCUCUACUAGAGGUGAUCAUGGUGGAUGUAUGGGUGCGUUGAUACCCAAAAUAGCCAAAGAGAAUAAGGAACAAAGUUUACUGAACAAUCCAAACUCUCACACUUCUCAUACUUCAGCUCCCCCUAUCAUGCAACCUAGUGAGAGCAUGAACAAUGUCAAUGGAGCGAAAACUGUGUUUACUUCUUUCCUUCUGAAAGCUGCGUACCAUAUAAAGAAUACUGCUUCUGCAGCUGCAUCUUCUAACCUUGCAAACGAUAUCAAGGGUGAGUCCACAUAUACAGUGUACUCUGGUAGUUCUGAGCGGUCUCCUGUGUUCCAUCAGUUUUUGGACUGUGUUUACCAAAUCUUGCGUCAACACCCGUCCAAAUUCGAGUUUAACAGUCGCUUUUUGAAGAGGCUCUUCUACCAUUAUUACUCAUGUCAGUACGGUACUUUCCUUUGCAAUUCCGAGAGGGAACUCAAGGAGGAGCAUAAUGUUCAGAACCAUACCGUAUCUGUAUGGGAUUAUUUCCUUUCGCGGUCAGGAGAAUUCAUCAACAAAUCAUUCGAGGGGUCAUCAGGAGAUGAUGUCAUUUUCUUUAAUUUCUCGGAUGUGCGUUGGUGGUAUGAGCUCUAUGGCAGAUCCGAUGAAGAAAUGAACGGGCUAUCAAACUCAUUGGAUCGAAAGUUUGCCCAACUAAAUCUCAGUCAUCAAAAUUCUAGUUCAGUGGAGUCUAGCACUACACUGCUUGUCAGCCUGGCGGCUGCUAAGAAGUGA